GGUAGAUUCUUGGAGCCCGAGCGUUUCGCUGAAGGGUGGAGACUCGGAGCAGCAGUGAGGAGGGAGGAUCUCAGCGGGAGUAGACACAGAGAGAGAGAGGGAGAGAGCGAAAGGCAUACAGAUAGAGGAGUGUGUGUUGUGAGCGUGGAUGUAAUCGGCUGCCUCUGUGUGUGUGUGUGUGUGUGACAGAAAGAGAUCAGCAGAAGGCAGAACGCGUGGAUACUACUCCACAUGACUGGCUGCAUUUGGAUUCACAGAAGGAGAGCGCACAACCACAGUAAAGAGAGUGUGGCAGACACAAACUGCUGACUGAACUGCAGACGCGCACCAGGGCAGAGCGCGGAGGAGUAAGUAGACAAGGUAUACCUGCUUUACCCUUCAGUACACCUGGUCUACUGGCUGCCAUAGGGCUGUCAAAGGAGGAAAAAAAACCACCACUCACACUUGUAGCCAAUUUAGAAUCGCCAGCCAACUUUCUAUGCACUGUGAGAGUAAGCAAGACUACCUGCAGAUAGAGGCAGACUGAGCACGCGAGGCCUGACUGAUAGCGCCCAUGGCGAGCAAUAACACGGCCAGCAUCGCACAAGCCAGGAAGCUGGUGGAACAGCUGAAGAUGGAAGCCAACAUCGACAGGAUAAAGGUGUCUAAAGCUGCAGCAGACUUGAUGUCAUACUGCGAAGCUCAUGCCAAAGAGGACCCUUUAUUGUCGCCGGUGCCAGCGUCGGAGAACCCGUUCAGGGAGAAGAAGUUCUUCUGUGCCAUCUUGUAAACUCGGCACGUCCCUGCAGCAGUCUGCUAAGUGUGGGGACUUUGAACAUGGACGUUCAAAACACAUAGAAAUCUUCUAGUAGGAGGGCACGUCGAUCAUUGCCCCCUUUUCUCGAACGGCACCUAAAGAGUGCAAAAAUUAAAGUGUAACCAUUAAAGCGGUGCAAUUGUUUUUGAGGGGCUGUGCGGCAUGUUGAAGGGUUCUGCGCUUUUAGAUGACACAAAAGGGAUGAUGACGAUGAGGAGGAGAAGUGUGAUGAUAACCACCUAGAGACAUGAUGGACAAGCAGUCAACCUACCAUGUCGUCGGGUUGUGAUGUGUAACAACAAAAAAUAGAUAAAAUGAGAAAAAUAUGGAUGUGGUUCUUUUGGGACUUCCAGAUGUUUUGUUCAGUGGUUUAAGGGUUGGUUGAGCUCUGUAGGAAAGCAAAAAAAAACAAAAAAACUACGCCUACCACUAGACGCCACCUGUAUAUUGGAAUGUUUUUUUUAAGUUGUUUAUUUUGUGUUUAUUCCAAUUUUACCUAAAUAUCUUUCUAUAACUACGUGAUUACUGAAGUCUUUUUUUUUCUUUUUUUUUUAACACCAACAUGUUAGUGAAAACUUUUUUUAAUGGGAUGUCUGACACAUUCAACUCUGUGACUAUUUACACCUUUACCUUUCUGAAAAUCAGUCUCUGUGUAUCAACAUCUAGCCUGUCUGGCACAUGUGAUGCAGUUUGUCUCCUUCAGAUACAAACCCUCUUUCUACUAUUUGUAUGAAAUGACUAGCAAGUAAACUGUGCCGUGCUGUGAGUUCUGAAUGUUUGUGUUUGUAUCAUUAACUAUUGCAUGAAACAGUCAAAUGAUCUUCUCACUUUCCUUUCAUGUGGAGGUUGUAUAAAAUAGGCACUCUCAUUCUGGAGGUGACAAAAGUAAAUAUUAAAACAAGAAUGAUUCAA